AUGAGCUACUUCUUGUGCGCCGCCCUGGACACACCACCAAUCCUUCUUGUUGUUGAAGUCGAGAUCCUCGAGUACCGUUUCGCUCAAAGCUUGGUCAUACCGGCGGUUGCCGCUUUCAUUCGCACGAACAGAGUUUUCUUCACUCACACCGAGGCAGUCUUACUGGCUAAAGACUGGGAAUUACCGUUUGAUGAUGUCGAUCUCCGGGACUCGCAUCGCACCCACGUCGUAAUAAUCGUGGGCUCCCGGGUUCUGAACAUCCUUGAAAUAAUGAGCCUGCCUCCAAGUAUCUCUUCAGCGUUUGAUCCAGGAAUCUCAUGUUUGACCUCGAGACCGCACGUUUUCUUCAAAGGAUCGAAUAUGAGAGCUGGUAAACAGGCUAGCGCAUCCGGCUCCAACAAUUAUGACUCUCAAGGAACUACGAGCAUCAGUACCAUGAUACAGAGUGUCUUUGACGGGCACUAG